AUGGCCGAGAUGGCUCCCCCUCUCCCGCCCUACAGACGCCUCUUUGGCUUUCUUCGCAGUCUCCCCAGCCGUCUGAGACAUCUCUCCCGAGGCCCUGGUCCUGUCCCGGCUGCCGCAACGCAAACGCUUCCCGCUCGCCUCCUCCAGUACUUUAUGCUCGAGCGUCAGCCAAAGCUGGGGAAGAAGACCAAGGUUAUUCUCACUUACUUCCUCCGCAAAGCCGCCUUCCUAGUCUCCGUCGUCGCUCUAUACCUCGUCUGCCAUCUUGCCAUCUGGGGCUUAAGCGUUGGCCUAGAAAAGGUCAGUCUCAACUACUGCGCGCCUCUUAUCGCCAUGAUCUUCGUCCUCUUCUGCUCUUCCAUGAUCCAGCUGGCAUGGGCCCCCUUCGAUCACUACUACCAAGGCUUCAUCCAAUCUCGAUCCCACUGGAGCAGAGUCCUAAUCUCCCUCGCCCUCGUUGUGUUCCUUCGGUUACCGUGGAGGAACGCCCAAUGGUGCCCCGAAGGGCAACCUGAGAGCGCCGUACCUCUCGACACCGCGGCUAGCGACGCUGGCGCCAGCGCCCCGGUCGUUUCGGAGACAAACGAUCAACGACUACAGGUCUUCCUGCAACAAUGGGGAGGUGCGAUUCUGUCUGCUCUCGUGCUCUUGCUCAUUGGGAUCCCCAUGGCCACGCUGGCGCAGGACGAGCGGGUAUUGGACGCCUGCUCCCUGUGUCUAGCGUGGACUCUGGCUAUCGCGGCCCAGCAACGCUUGAAGUCACUGCGCCUGGCAACCAUACCUCCGGCAUAUGUCUCCGUGAUUGCGACAAUUGUAAACCCCGUCCUCGUGACGGCAGGCAUCACGGCAGGCUAUGUCCGGCUCAAGGCGCAGGCUUCAGGCACCGAUCUCAGCAAAGUCCUCACGACAUUCUGCGGCGGCACAACACUCGCGAAGCUCCUCAUCCGCUGGACAACCCGCGCUUCCUACGAAGACGACGCAAUUUCCCCGUUUGGAGCGGGCGACCUUGCGCUGUCCUUGCUGGAGUGCGGCAUCGUGGUCUGGGGCUUCAAGCUCUACGAGUGCCGCCAGCAGCUGUUUAGUCGUGUGGGCGCCGUCGUAGCGCUUCUCUCCGGCGUCCUCGCAGGACUUUGCGCAAUCAUUUCCGUCGUGCUGGCGCGCGCCGUGGGCUUAGCUCCUCACGUAGCGCUCGCCUUCACCGCCCGGUCCUCGACGCUGGCGCUCGCCAAGCCUUCAACCGCGUCCCUGGGCGGUGAUCUCGCAGUCAACGCCGGCGUCGUCGUCGGCAACGGGAUCCUCGGUCAACUAAUCGCCCCGUUGCUCAUCGCCAAGUUCCGCAUCCCAGAUCACCCCGUGGAAGACCAAUCCAGGGUGAUGGACGGCAGCGGCAGCGGCAGCAACGAGCCCGAGAUCGACGACGACGACGACGACGGAAAUGAAAGCGCCCGUGCCUCCGCGGAUAAGAUGAGCGGUACGCACGAGGUUCAACGAGAUUCCGCGCUCGACGUGGCUGUAGGCGCAGCGAUCGGUGUCAACGGCGCUGCCAUGGGCGUGGCCUACCUGUACGACCGCCGCAGCCGCGUGGCCCCUACGCUGCGCUCUCCAUGA